CCUCUCUCCAGCUCGCAUGAUGUGAUCUCCGCCAUGAGUGCCACGGCCAACGGCACCUUGAAGCCGUACUAUCUCCCAUCCUCUGCACCUCUCUGAAAUCGCUGGAACCGGCUGCAGCUCAAGAUGAGUUCGGACUCGGAAGCCUUCCCUCUCAUUCUCCCUCGCCCGCCUCUACACAAGCCGCCCCGCCCCCCCCUGAUCAGCCGCCUGUGCGUCUAUGACCUGCCUGUUGCCGUGGAUGGCGAGCAGCUCAUCACCGACCCAUCGCUGCUGCGCAAGAUCCAGUCAUCCAUCCCUUCGCCAUCUGUCAGCGAAGAGCUCAAGGCGCUGUGUGUGGCCUUCGCUGUGGUGGGGUCUUUCUUGUAUGUGCCGAUAGUGCUGGUGUGGGUGUAUCGGAGAUACUGCAAGACCAGGUGGCAAAAGGCCGCCCUGCUGGCGGGGCUGCUGCUCGUCUGUCUGGUUCCGGUGCGCCAGCGGCCGUUCAUCCGCUUUCUCGGCGCAUGGCGGACGCUGCUGAGGUACCUGACUGUGGUGGUUGCGUUUGAGGAGCCUGAGAAGGUUCCGCUGCAGGAGAGUGUUAUCAUGCCUGUCGUUCCCCAUGGUGUCUUCCCUGUCGGCCAGGUGGGUGGGUGAUUGUUGUCCUGUCGGAUCUGUAGAUGGAUGGAUGGAUUCACACGUGCAUCGCAUCUCAGGCGUUUCUGAAGACCCAUGACAUGAAUGCGCUGCUGAGGUGGCCGCGGAUGGUGGUUGCGUCCUCGGGGUUCCGCUUCCCCAUUUUUAAGCAGCUGAUCGAGCUCAGCAACUGCGUUCCGGCGGCGCUGAACAAGGUGCAUGAACCGAGCCAGGCCAGCCACGUAUCGCGUCCACCGUAUCGUGCCCUGCCGCUGCGUGUGUGUAGAUGACGGCUGCCCUGCGCGAUGGUUCUUCUCUUGCACUCACUCCUGGAGGUAUUGCGGAGAUCUACGAAGCGGACGACACACACGUAGGCAAGGAACCACACGCACACAGACAACGGACAAGGGCAUUGUGUGUGUGAGUGCAGGAGUCGGUCAUCAUUUCUCGGCGGAAGGGCUUCACGCGUCUGGCGAUGCAGAGCGGCCGCGGAAUCCUCCCUGUAUAUAUCUUCGGCAACACCAGCACAUUCAAACAGCUACCAAUCAGCAAAUUCCUCAGGCCGCUGGCAAGGUCCGAGUACACAGACUCACACACAUGCCGACGAACCAUACCGCUGUUGUGUGUUGUUCAGGUUGACGCGGGCGGCAGUGAGUCUGUAUUACGGUCGGUUCGGUCUCCGGGUUCCCUUUCGAACGCCCCUCCUUUAUGUGGUCGGCCGGGAGAUUGACACACGGCAGUACCGACAGAGCGGAAAGCCCAUUACUGAGGAGGUGAUCUGAGCUUCGGACGCUUUCAACCAGUGCCCUUACGUGUGUGUCUGUCCCUGUUCUGUUGGUCAGGAUGUGGCUUGUGUGCAUGAGCUCGUCAUAGACGAGCUUGUUCGUAUUUUCGAGAAAUACAAGGACGUGUACGGCUGGGGGUACAAGAAGCUCGUCGUCAAGUGAACGGAGAGGGGAGGGAGCCGUGAUGGUUGGG